AUGCAAGCGUCGACAUCGACAGCGACGGCCAUCGUCGCGGCAGCCCAAGAUGCUUCGUCGCCCACCACACGCAGGGCACCGCAGGAAGCACCGGCCUCAUCUUCACCCCUGCCUUCCUCUACCGCAAACCUCGCGCACUUUCUCGAACCAUCCUUCGACGCCACCGCCUACGUCGCCUCUCUUCUGCACACUACCGCUUCCGCACCUGCGACAACAGCACAUCCGACAUUAAGUUCACCAACAGCGCGUAAAGCAUCCCUGUCGCCCACUAACCCCACCGUCGCCUCUUCUCAGAAACCGAAGAGCCAGGCGCAAGAGGAAGUCGACCUCUCCCUCACCAUCUCCCGGCUCAAUCUGGCGAUCGAAGAGCUGGAUCGGAGCAUCUCGCUCCAAGUGGACGCGCAUGCGCCGGCGCUGCUGCGGCGCACGGCGGGGCUGGCGAGCAUGCAGGCGGGCGUCGCGGAGACGAGUCAGGGUGUGAGCAGUUUGGAUGAGCAGCUGGUGGGGCUGAGAGGGCGGGUGCAUGAGCCAUUUCAGAGGCUGGUGGGGCUGCAGAGGGAACUGAGGGUGGUCGAUGGGGCGAGUGGGUUGGUGAGGCGGGCGAGGGGGGUCGUGGGGCUGGCGAGGCGGUUGGAGGUGCAGAUGGAGGUGGUGUUCGGCAAAGGUGAGAAGAGGGAUGGAGAGGGGGAGGACGCGGCGGUGGGACAGGUGCAUGGGCGGGAUCUGGCGCGGGCUGCAUCGCUUGUCGCAGAGAUCACCUCUCUCCUUGACGCAGAGCCGAAGCCUUCAACAUCACAACCAGAGGACGCCGGGAGUGCCUCACUGCACGACCUCAAACUCAUCCAAGACCUCCUCCCCACCAUCACCACCGCGCGCAAAACAAUCGUCGACUACAUGGAGGACAUGAUCGUCCGUGGCCUUCGCGACCUCUCGCCGCUCAUGCUCGGCUCUUCCCUCCAGACGGCCUUCAACCUUCGCAUCCUACCCACACUCGUCCAGGACCUGCUCAACGACCUCACCCAAGUGGUCCGCGAACGCACCGCCGCAGCGUUCGACCUCGACAUCCUCUCGCGUCAACUGCAACUUCCGCUACCCACACUCGAUGCUCCGGCACCCACCUACUCGACCUACCGCAGCGGCCGUCGCAGCAUCGGCAACACCGAAGACGAGCUCAAGCAGCAGCAUCACCACCAGCAGCAGGUGUGGUCCGAGGCGGUGUGGAAGAAGCUCGAGUCGCUGAUCGUCACCGAGAUGGGCGCGGUGUGCAGUAAGGUCUAUCUGCUGGAAAAGGUGUUGAAGCUCAAAAGCGAUGGUGAGACGGGCGUCAACUUUCUGGGUGCAGCGCUGGAGGUGUUGGGGGACAAGCCGAGUCAUACGUUCUGGAUGACGUUCGCGCAGAGUCUGAGGGAGCAGGUGACGCUGGCGACGGGCAAGUCGGCCUGGUUGGCGCAGCUGUUGAGUGGCGGCGUCAGGGCGGGCGAAGGGUAUCCAAAGUUCAUACGGCUCUUUCAGGAGUUCUUCGCCAAGAUCUCGCUGUACACGGAUGUACAGUAUACGACGACGCAUCAGAGCGCCGAGACGGUGAUCUUGCUCAAGAGCUUGGGUGGGCUCGAAACGGCCUAUGUGGAAAAGAGCACAGGGCGCAUUGCCGAGAUCUUGUCGCAAGUCGCGUCGCCGUCGGGCGGGAGAAGGCCGUCCGUCGGCGAAGAGGAGGCCGGGACAGUAGUUCGAUCCAUCACCAACGUCUUGGACACGACACGGUUCGAUCCGCUGCUCGAGCGAGCUGUCGUCGCGCGGUGUUCAGCGUUGAUCGACCACUUCGUAUCACGGCUGGACUCGCUGACAGCAAAAGACGACUCGGCAUGGACACUCACCGGCGACGCAGGCAGUCCGACCCAGGCACAGAUGUGGAACGCCAGCCUGGUUCAAUUCGCCUACACUUUGUCGCAAGGUCUGCUCAGCCUGGCGGCGGAUCAAGACGGCUCCGCAGCAAACGCACCGUCGUUUGCCUCAACGCGACUCGCAACCUCUGCAUCCUCCAUCCAGAACGCGACUCGCACAACGCUGCUCGACCCUUUGUUGUCGCACAUCAACACCUCUCUCAGCUCGACGAUGGCCAAGAUGCACGUCCAGCUCGCAUCCGCCAACGCUUCUGCCGAGAAGAAACGCGGCGUGUCGAUCGACUCGACCACCGGAGCUUCGGGGUACGCCACGUCGAUCUGUGAAACGCUCUCCUACCUGCGCGAUGAAUUGCUGCCGCUCUACCUGUCGGCGCUGCGUUCUGCGAUUGCAGGGAGAAUCGCGCGGUGGGUCGUGGAGCUAUUCUGCCUGCAUGCGUCGGUGGUUGCGUUGCCGUUGGCCGAGGGAGGGGAAAGGGUGAAGCUGCGCCUGGCGACGGAUAUGACCGAGUUCGAAUUUGCGCUGACGCAGUUGGUGGGUGACCAUUUCGUGGCUCGAACGUCGGUGUCGGCGUCGGCGUGGAUUGUGGAGGAAAAGGGACUUGUGGGACAGGGAGACUGGAUGAGGACGACCAAGGCGUUCCGUCGGCUGCUGUUCCUGUCGUUAGACGAAGUGGAGCAGGAAACAAAAGGGCAAGCAUUGGGGCUGCCGAGCUUGCUUGUGGUUCUGCAUCUCUUCUCGCGGCAGUCGGAGGUGCUGGAUGGUGUGCUGCGGGAAACGCUGGCCAUCGCAGUUGUUGGGAAGAAGGGCAAGGCUCAGAAUGUCAGGUCUGACUUUGUGGGCUGGGUUCGAUCGACGUCGCAAUCAGAGGUGUCGGGGACGAUCACGGAGGCGUUGCCGGACGACGCAGGAUUGGACGAAACAACAGAUCGAAUCGUCCGCUCGCUCUUAGCUCAGUCUUGA